AUGGCACAGCAAAUGCUGCCGACGCGAGAGGUGGCCAACGAUGAAUCACUAGGGACCGCGACCGACGUGGUCGCAAAGCGAUAUGAUCUACUCUUUCUGGUCGAUGCUACGGCCUCUAUGGGCUCCUAUCUGUACGCUUUGAACCAAGCGCUACCACAAAUUAUUGCCCUCUCGAAGCUCACAAACUGCUUCGCACGCAUUGGAAUACUGGCAUACCGGGACUACGACUGUACUGGUGGACAGCUACUUGAAUGGAGUCAAUGGCUCACAGUCGGCUCCAUGAAACACCAGCCGGAUGUUAUCGCAAUGGCGCGCAAUUUACGAAUGGUGGGAGGUCGCAGCUGGCCAGAAGCAGUCAAGACUGGUCUCGCCAAAGCGCACGAGGUCAUGCGGUCCAAAGCGAACACACUCGUUAUUCUCUAUGCAGAUGCUCCGCCUCAUUUCCGGGACUUCAAAAGAUUCGAGGCUAAUGCCCGUGAGAGAGACGCCCUGCUCAAACCUGGCAGUUACGGGGGCAAUGGCCACAUCUUCACGGACUGGACCCAAGGUGCCCGUUUGCUACGUGAAGGUAGCAAGUCAGCUCAGGUCAUCAGUGUCAUCAGUGGACGCAGCUCAAAGAGUGGCUGUUUUGAGUAUUUGAGUACUGUCACAGGAGGCGCUUGCAUCCACCUCACCGAUGGAAGCGCGCGAAACAUUUCGCAAAUCACGAUCGACUUACUGCUUGCAUGGAUGGGUGUAAAGAAAGAAGGCUCUGUGGCAUCUCCUCUCGGAGCACAACUCUCAUGUUAUCGCGAUGCAGCCGGAAUUAUGGACAUCCAAAGCGAGCAGGACCCUGCACUGGGACGGUUCAUCAACCUGGAAGAUGUGUGCUUCGGGCGAUCGAACACUGUUGAAUACGCUCAGUUGACCACUGAGUUACUGGAAAGGCGCUUAAACAAGCGAGCGACAUCACUGCAAGAUCUUUCGAGUACGUACCUCUCUAACGAGCACUAUCGUAUGCUCGUUGUACAAGAGCUGCGUGAGAUCAUCGAGACCGACGUCACAACAAUGAGUCUGAACCCAGUCUUCGGCAGCCUCUGGCGAACCUUUUGUAACGACCGACAAAACGAAAAUCGACAGCCUCUCCUUGACGCAUUCGGUAAUAAAAUUCAAGCUAUCAGGAACGUUGAGGGCCGUGAAAUGAUGAAAGUCUGGCUUGAGCAGUCGUACGAAUACUCUGCCGAAGUGCUGGGGAUGAUUGAAGACGUUCCUGAGGACCGAAGAUAUCCAUGCGUCUGUCUUGAUCCCACACUAGCAUUCGAAAUUUCUAAUGGCCAUGACGAUGACAAGCGCCCAAUCACGGAGUUCACGAGGGACGAACUUCUGGACAUUGGUCGAGCGUGCGAUUGGAGAGUGCUCAAGCGGCUGGGCAAGGUACUGACACGACUCACAUUCAUCCAACAUGCCGAUGAUGUGCCUGUCCACAUUGCGCAUGCGGAUGCUGCUCAGCUGCCGAAGAUACCACUUUCUCUCGCUCGCAAAGAGCAUGGCCGAACAUUCUGGAGCAUCUUGCUUCAUAUCGUUGUUCCUGGAACGAAGUUGGGAGCCCGAAGUGCCGCCCUACUUGCAGCAUUGACAAUUCGAUUGGGCGUGCAGCCAUUGAUGCAGCCUGCUGUUGAGCAGAUGCUGCUUUGGCGCGAUAGGUGGAAUAAUCUCGAGGUUCCUGAGACCUGGAAUAUCAACUGCUUGUCUUUGCUUAUCGAUGCAGACGAUGCCUAUCGAAAUGGUGACAAAAGUUGCGAUGGUCUGCUUCAGAGCUGCGACCGACAACUCUUCGAGCGACUGAUCGACUACAAAAUGCUGGAGUUGAAUCUUGAAACCACGUCGACUGCCAAGGUUACCUGGACUGCGGAACACACCAUGAUGCCAAUAGGCCAAACAGUCAUGUGCAAAUCAUGUCACUGCCAUUGCUCAGUCACGAUCAUGGCUGCCGAUAGCCUAUGUGGCAUAUGCUACUACCUCAGAGACCACCCGGAGACAGAAGAGGCAGCGGCCGCCAGAGCGAUCACGCAACGAGAUAGUGACAAAGCCGACGCGGCAUGGUUUCAGUGCAACCUCAAUCACUGUCGGGCACAGUAUGUUGUCUAUGCUGUGUCAGACCUCAACGUCAAGCCCAAAUGUCAUUACUGCCGUUUCCUGGGCGGGAAUGCGCCUGUAGUUGAGUGCACGAAAUGCCUCAGCAGCAUGAUCUGGCCCGAAGAGUAUCGUUCUGGAAGCCUGCAGGAAUUUCUCUGCGUGGGUUGCAAAGCUGGACGAGAGACUAUUGUGGAUGUCGAGACUACUGCUAAAGCCCUGCGAGCGGAGAAUGGCAACGCCUGGCUGAUUGAAGCUAAACAGCAUAUGUUCAUUGAUGAAAUCUUCUCAGGGCAGAGUCUGUACAAAGUCGCAUCGGCUGCAGCACCUCUGGACAAUCUCUGCUCUAACGUCGAAAUACUGCCAGAUAUACCGGAUCUCAAGCUCUAUCUCGACGGUAGGCUCGUACAGAACACUCCGGCCUUGGUCGAACAGCUACGUUCUUGGGUCAACAGGCGACGCACCGAAGCGGGAACCUGCUCACUCUGCUUCAGUGAUAAGCGCAAGAACGACCUUCUGCCAGCAUGCGGCCGCUCUGGCUGCCAGCAACGAGUCUGUGGCGAAUGCCUCAACGGUUGGUACGGGCUCAAUGCACCAGGCCAGAUUCUCAAUACAGCCGCGCUACAUUGCCCCUUCUGCAGGCGAAUGCCAACGACUAAGACUCUCGCUCGCAACCGCAGCGGUGUCCACGCAGUCAGUCAACUCAAAUCCGCAGUGGAGAAUAGUGGGACAUGGAUUUACGGUUGGUGCAUCACCUGCGGGACCUCCAAAGAAUACAUGGAACGAGUUUGUGCGCAAGGAAGUCCAGAUGCUAUUGAGAACUGGUCUUGCGAGGAAUGUGAGGAAGCCAAAGCCACUUCUGGGUCUCAGCCGAAGCAUAUCAGAAAGGAGUGCCCUGCCUGUGGCGUUAUGACAGAAAAGGCCGGCGGCUGCGAUCACAUCGAAUGUGUUUGCGGGGCACAUUGGUGUUUCUUCUGCGGCAAGGAGCAGGAUUUGGAUGGCAUUUACAGUCACAUGAGCGAAGCGCAUGGCGGGUAUUAUGGAGGUUUGGAUGUGGAGGAAUAUGAAUCUGAUGAAGACGAUUAA